UGGUUUAGCGUCUCUCUUUGUAUAACAAACCCACGUGAAGAAUCCUGAUAUGCUGUAAUAGUAACUCACUGUGAAUGUUUUGAGACUAACGUUGAGGUUUAAGCCAAGGUAUUGUUGAUAUUAUGUUGGCUUUGGAGCAAAUCACUGAUGUUAUCCGCUUGCCGCGUAAACGUACUUGUUUGAGUACAUUUACCGUUUAUCAGAUGUUAGUCGAUGCCAUUUAACUGGUUGGCAUUCCUGGCUUACUUUUUUGGAGCCACGUGUCUAGUUAGUGCACUGAGCUGGUUGUUAAUGUUUGCAGCUGCGUUGACGUGCAGAGCAGAGCUAUGUGAAUGCUCAGCACAUCUAUGCCCAUGUUCGCUAACGCGAAUAGCUAUAAAACGCCAGAGUAGACGCCGGAGUUUGUGUUGUCGGUGCAGUUUCUGGUCGAUAAGCGUUAUCCCUCAGCAUAUUGACAUCUGACGAUUCUCUCCUGCUCCAGUUCUGUUCAAUCAUUGUUGGGCCCUGAAGGGGGGGACAAAGGUUAACGCCGUCUGUCAUACAGAACAAAAUGUUGGACUGUACUAGUGCGAUCCCCUUUUCAGUUUGUUAUAAAAGGGUCUUCCUAAGACUCAACAAUGUUUAACAUGCCUAUGAACAACAGCUGAAAUAGCCAACCUCACUGCAAAGGAUGAUCUUUCGCUAUACUGCACUUAUCCUAAACGAAGCGCACAAAAACCAAAAACACAACUGCAAUUAAGUCACACAUUUAUUUUUCAACCUGGGUUCUGCGCAUAGUUGCCAAUUUGGUAAUCAGACAGCCCUGGUCCAAACCUUUGCGGUCCGGAGAACUUUGAGAAAAUGGUGGACAGCUUGGCCAGUGGAGACCACAUGAAGGACAGUAAGGAGUCGCUGGACAAAGAGGAGAACGGACACCUGCCGGAUCAUGAAGAAGCUCAGCCCGUUCCCCCCGAGUCCAAGACUGACCCAGAGGCUCAGAAGGGUGGGCCUCUGCAGGCCUGGAAGUGGUCAGUCAUGUUCCUCUGCUUCUACGGCUUCAUGGUCCAACUGAGGCCUGGUGAGCCCUUCAUUACACCGUACCUGCUCAGCACCAAGAACUUCACCAGUGAGGAGGUCACCAAUGAGAUCACCCCAGUGUUGUCCUACUCCUACAUGGUGGUGCUGGUGCCAGUGUUUCUCCUGACGGACUACUUGCGCUACAAGCCCGUCCUGGUGCUUCAGAGUCUGAGCCACGUCGCCAUCUGGCUGCUACUCUACCUGGGCUCGUCGCUGCUGGAGAUGCAGGCCAUGGAGUUCUUCUACGGCAUCACCAUGGCGGCGCGCGUGGCCUACUCCUCCUACAUCUUCUCGCUGGUGCCGCCGUCGGAGUACCAGAUCGUGGCGGGCUACUCGCGCUCGUCCAUGCUCAUGGGCGUGUUCGUCAGCUCGGUGCUGGGCCAGCUGUGCGUGUGGCAGGGCGUCCCCUACACCACGCUGUGCCUCGUCUCGCUGGGCUUCGUCACCUUCGGCCUGCUGCUCUCCAGCAGCCUGCCCUGGCCCCAGCGCAGCAUGUUCUUCAACAAGACAUGGCGCGCAGAGGAGAGCAAGAAGCGUGCCGCCGCCGCCGGUGCCACCCAGUCGGAACUGGCCCAGAUGCGGCCCGAUGGCACCCCAGUGGAGCCUGCCCCGCAUUCCCCCUCUUCCUCCUGGAAGAAUUCUGUGUUUGUGGGCAUGCUGAAGGAGCUGAGGAACCUGGUGCGGGUGCCCAACCUGAGGCUCUGGAGCCUGUUUUGGGUGUUCAACUCCACAGGAUACUAUCUGGUGCUCUUCUACGUGCACAUUCUGUGGAACAAGCUCGCACCCUCCACCGAGAACAAGGUCUACAACGGCCUGGUGGAGGCAGCUUCAACACUACUAGGUGCCAUCACGUCGUUCGCAGCGGGCUACCUGAAGAUCCGCUGGAAUCUGUGGUCGGAGCUGGUGAUUGGUGUGAUCACGGCCAUCAUGGCCGCCUUCCUGCUGCUCAUGGGCAGCACGGAGAACAUCUGGGUGUGCUACAUUGCCUACAUCGUCUUCAGAGGCUUGCACCAGUUCUUGGUUCCCAUUGGCAUUUUCCAGAUUGCAUCUUCACUGACAAAAGAGUUGUGUGCUCUGGUGUUUGGAGUGAACACUUUCCUCGGGACCAUCCUGAAAUCCACAAUCGUCCUCUUAAUCGCUGAUAAACGAGGAUUGAGUUUGCCAGUUGACUCCCAGUUUUUUGCGUAUUUCGCCUACUUUGUCUUGCUUGCGGUGGUCUACCUGGUAUGUGCAGCCUGGGUCAUCACACGACACUAUCGCAACGAACGCAAAGAGGGCGGGGCUGAGACCGAAGUCCCGCCCACAGCACAGAGCCAGACGGAGUCCGAGGCGACAGAAACAGAACCUCUGUCUAAUGGAAGCGGGGUGAAAAACUGAGUUCACACAGGUUGGAGAUAUUGUGACUGAGUUGAUGCUGGUACUGAAGGGGACUUUACCGAACAGAUUACACAGGAUAUACAGCUGUAUACAGUGAUGACUGUAGAUAAAAAAAAAAAGGUAGUGUGAUCCUUUACCUUUGCAGAAGUGCCUUGUGCCACAUUUUAACUCCUGAAUCUGUUAAUACACAUCAUAUGUAACAGUUUGAAUAUCACCUCGUUGAAGUAGUACUGUUUACUUCUAAUUCUAGCCCAUUUAGAUCACACACCUUUUGUCAAUUGUAUAUUUUUGGAAUUACUGUGUUGUCUGUUUUUGGCCUCUUCUGUCACCUCAAGAAUUGACUGUAUUACCACUGCGUUCACUUUUAGAGAAAAUAGUUUGUAUGUUACUCUUUUGUUUUAUGGUGACCGACACGUCAAUGCCUGAGGCAUUGGCUGUUUAGAGAUCUUUUUUUGUAAAUCUUUGUUUUGAAGUAAUGCUGGAAUGGCUCUGCCAUUGAAGUUCUUUACCAACUGUUCCCUGCUGUGCAGCGUUCAGAAGUGAUCAGGAAAAUGCAGGUCGUCACUGUAUUUAUUGUGUCUCUGACUGCCAAGUAAAAUGAGUAUCAUUCCACAUGGAUAUGGAAAAUAUUUACAUUAAGCCCAUACUUUGAUUCCUCGUGUUGAUCGCCCUUGGAACACCUCCCAAGAGAGACCAAUGUUAUUGCGCCCCAAUUCUUUGUAUGGACACCCCUCUAAUGAACUGUAGCAGUUCCAGAAGUUCCAUGACUGUUUCGUUGCAGAUAAACCGAUAAACCUCUUUCUUGGACCAGCCUUUGUCUAGUCAUGCACUACCUAGGCUCAUUUUACUACUUGUGUAAACAAGCACAACUGGUGGUUCUGUGGUUGAGACAAACACAUCCAUGGAAGGGAAAUUGAACUUGUAUACCAUCAAAAACAAAUGUUACUGGAUAACCAGCUUUUUACAUGUUCUCAGUAUUGUCGUACAUACGGUACAAUAGCCAAAGUUGCAACCACUCGGAGCGCUUGGUUUUUGAAAUAGCCAUAAUUCCUGCACAUGUGGAAUGCCGUUUUGGUGCUGGUGAGGGUUGUAGUGGGUGCUGCAGAUACUUGCAGGCCUCCUGAUGAUGGGGAGGUAUCAGAUCAGUCAGUCACGGUGGUUACUGUGUGAUCAGUACGCUUCAAUGCUUUAGAUGAAGCAGAGUGUCAAAGAGUUAAUGUGCUGCUGUGUUGAUUACUGGUUCCCAGAAAUGCAACAAAAUGCAUCAAAUUAUAGUUUUACUGUAUAAUCUUUUACAUUUUUUAUAUAAGAGUUUAACCAGUGGGCAGCAGGUCAUAUUUUUCUGCUGUCAUCCACAGAAAGGUUCUCUUUAUUCCCCAAAUUAGUGACACUCCCUUUGUGUUUUGUCCGUUUGAUUGUAAAUGUGAUUUGUUGAGUAACUAAUUACAGCAUCUUUGUUUGCCUGAGCUAGCUUGAGCAGUUAGCAAUUCAUAAAGACCGAUCUCUACAGGGUAGCAACUACACACACCAGAACUGCAAACUAGAAUGUAAUGUGUAUGGCCCAUGUGAAGACUUUGACCCUAGUGCCAUAUCCUGAAAUGAUAGAAAGGUUUGCAAAAACAAAAAUGGUGUCUUAUAAUAUCAUGUUCACUGGUUCCAACCAAAGUAGGAAGCUAUUUAAAUAUGGGUAGGAAUGCUCACUUAACUGCACUUCACUGGUAGAUUUUAAAAACAGCACUUUUUGUCAUUUUUGAGGAAGAAAUCCCUCAGGAAGCUAAGGAAUCAGAUUAUUGUGAUUAAUCAUUGUCACCCUGUCUUUAAUAGACAGAUAUCAUUUGUGUGAUGGUAGUUCUGCUUCUCUUGAGUUUAAGCUUCACUUAAUUCGUCAGGGCAGCCACUGUGGAUGUGAUUUCAAACAUCAACACUGUGCACUUACUGAUUACUAUUAAAAAAAAUCAACAAUUUACAGAGAAGCAGCUUUGUUUCUGUGAAAGAUAAAUGAAAGAUCUAUACGCGCCGUCUUGGUAGGGUGUAAUUGAUACGAUGAACUUUUACAACCUAUCUUAACUCUUUGUGUGGGGUAUGGAUCCAGAAAAACUGAAUUUCUUAAGGAACUGAUCCUUGUUAUUUGUGAGCAAGUGAAUAUUUUUUUCUUUCCUAAACAGAUUUUCUUUGUUACGCUUGUUUUUUAUACUAAUAUUGAUCAAUAUUGAUUAUGUUUUGAGUUAUAACUGUGAAACUACUAUUGCUGUAUUUGAUUGUAAUCAAAUAAAUCUCUGAAAUAUG